AUGCUUAUUCAGUCUAGCUUCACUCUCACGUUCGACCUUUACCGUAUCGAGAUCUCACCAACAGCGCCGGUUGCUGCAGCGAGGGAGAACUGUCUUGUCUAUGUUGAUAUCGGAUAUCCCGAAGGCCUUCAAUAUUUGGUGGCAAAUACAAGGUUUGCAGGGGAUGCCACUCUCGACAAGGGAGUCACGCUGUCAGAGCAAACCGGGUAUUACUACUCCGAUAAAGAUUUUAUGAUAUCCACAAACGCCACAGUUCAAGGCCCAAAAGCAGGUAGCUUCGAUAUUACAAGUGAGGAUCCAGAUAAGUCGUCGAACACGCUCUGGUCACCAUGCGGUCGUCCCGCGACUCUGAACAUCUAUUUGAGGGCAUUUCUGAAGAGCACAGUCGCCAAUGCUUCUGGAGUCUUUCCAUCAGACCUUCCCGGGGGCCUGCUCGGCCAGUUUAAUUUGACAACUGGGAUAGUGUGGCGGACGUGUAUGUAG